AUGUCUGGCGCAGCAAGAAGUGCCGCAGCAAACCAUUUCCGGGGUGCGCUCGCGCGCUGGCCCAAGGACCCCCUCCGGCCCGAGUGUCAACUGCAGGAUAUCCUCGCCAAGCGCCUCGAGAAGGGCAAGUUAGCGCCCGUAACCGCCGGAGCAAAGCAGGAGCAGGCCGAUAUCAAGCAGGCCAAUGCGCUAUAUUCAUUGUUGGAGGACCGGUACAAGAACAAGGUUUGCGCAUUUUGGCAUUUGCAAGGAACCUGCGCGGAGGCUAACCUGGCGCAGUACCGACCCGCGGCCAAGAUCUUCGAACCCCAGAGCAACCCGACUUACUACAAAGACCUCGUCAAGGAGCUCGAAGAGGCACCGACCAGGUCAUGGCUACAAAGGUUAGGUAAGAGGCUUAGCGGUAUUGUCCGGAUGGGAUGA